CUCGCCUCGCGGCGCUGCGCUCUCUGCGCUCCCCCUAAGUGGCUGCAAACCGGCCGCCCACUUUCAGGUUUUGGGGGACGGAGAAAGUGAUGUGCGCCUUCUGAAGCCACGCCGGGCCGCAGCCGUAGCCGCUUCACCUUGUCAACUUUCUCCUUCCCCACCCCAAAGCCUUCUCUUGACCCUGGCCUCAGCCCUCCCCAAAGCCACUUAGGGUGCGUGCGCUUGGGUGAGGAGGGGGGCUGUCACUGGCUGUCCGGGAUGGCUUCCAAUUUUAAUGACAUAGUGAAGCAAGGGUACGUGAGGAUCCGGAGCAGACGCCUAGGGAUUUAUCAACGAUGUUGGUUAGUAUUCAAGAAAGCUUCAAGCAAAGGUCCAAAAAGACUGGAGAAAUUUUCCGAUGAACGUGCUGCAUAUUUUAGGUGUUAUCAUAAGGUUACAGAACUCAACAACGUGAAGAACGUAGCUCGGUUGCCAAAAAGCACCAAGAAACAUGCCAUAGUGAUUUAUUUCAAUGAUGAUACCUCCAAGACCUUUGCUUGUGAAUCAGAUCUUGAGGCUGAUGAAUGGUGCAAAGUUCUCCAGAUGGAGUGUGUAGGGACGCGAAUCAAUGACAUCAGCCUUGGAGAGCCUGACUUACUGGCUACGGGGGUUGAGAGAGAACAGAGUGAGAGAUUCAAUGUGUAUUUGAUGCCAUCUCCUAACUUAGAUGUACAUGGCGAAUGUGCCUUGCAGAUUACAUAUGAGCACAUCUGUCUUUGGGACGUCCAGAAUCCCAGAGUCAAACUCAUCUCUUGGCCGCUAAGCGCCCUGCGGCGGUAUGGACGAGAUGCUGCUUGGUUCACUUUUGAGGCAGGGAGGAUGUGUGAGACUGGUGAAGGGCUGUUUAUCUUUCAAACGCGAGAUGGGGAGGCCAUCUACCAGAAAGUCCACUCUGCUGCCUUGGCCAUAGCCGAGCAACACGAGCGCUUGGUACAGAGCGUGAAAAAUUCAAUGCUCCAGAUGAGGAUGAGUGAGCGGGCCGCCUCGCUGAGCACCAUGGUGCCCUUGCCUCGAAGCGCCUACUGGCAGCACAUCACGCGGCAGCACAGCGCAGGGCAGCUCUACCGCCUGCAAGAUGUCACCAGCCCUCUGAAGCUUCAUCGAACAGAGACUUUUCCUGCCUACCCAUCUGAGCACUGACGGAACUGCCAAGAAUUGCUGUGUGACAUGCUUGUGAUGUGUCAGGCACAGAUCCACCCGGGAGGUCAGAGGAUGACCCCGAGGGAAGCGCUGAAGAAAAGAAGCUACACGUCCUGGCUAACUGUGUGGUCCUUGGGAAACUCUGCAAUACAAUAUUUGUCUUUUCCUUUUUUUCCUUUCUUUUUUUUUCCCCCCUUAAAAAAAACUUAGCAUAAUUGAAACCUUUUCCUUAAAAGGUUUUUCUUUUUUCUUUCCUUAAAAAAAAUUAGCAUAAUUGAAACCUGCUCUAUAGAUAUCGACGUUUU